AUGGCUACAAGUCGAGCUCCCAAACAGUGGGCCCUGACAAAGCAGGAAACUAUCACUUCAUAUGAAGCCUGGCGCCACAAUCUUCAAUACACCCUUGCCUUAGACCACAACUUCGCCGUAUUUUUACUCGAAGACACAACAUGGCUGCGAAAGACUUCUACGGCCCCACUACGUGGUCUCGAAAACGACGGCGAAGACGUUCCAGAAGCCAGCCGACGUACAGCCGCCCAAAAGCUAACUCACUUGGAGUUAAUGCUCGGCCAAGUAGCCAAUUAUUGUCCCGUCAUUGCACGAAACACAAUCGUUAAGAACUCAACAUCUAUGAGGACAAUUCGGCAAGCAAUUCGUGCACAUUAUGGCUUUCAAUCCACCGGGGCACAUUUUGUCGAUUAUAAUAACAUUCGUUUAGAGCCUGACGAGCGCCCCGAGGACUUAUAUCAGCGACUUCUGAGUUUUAUCGAUGACAAUUUACUCACAGCUAAUGGUAAUAUCCAACAUCACGGCGAAGACGUUUCCACGGACGAAGAAUUAACACCCUCGCUUGAAAACAUAAUUGUACUGACAUGGUUGCGUUUAAUUCAUGCAGAUUUUCCCACGUUAGUAAAGCAACGUUACGGGACAGAACUCCGAUCACAGACACUAGCCAGCCUCAAACCCGAAAUAUCUCAAGCUUUAGACGCCCUCCUCGACGAAAUUCAUUCUUCAAAUGAGGGUAAAGUUCUACGCACAGCCCUUCGACGAUCCUCACAACAGCGUGACAAUCGUAGUGCGUCUUCCCAGCCCAGUAACAACAAGGGAGGGGCAACCAAGUGCUGUCGCAUAUGUAAACAAGCUAAAAGAUCGCAGUUCCAACACUACUUAAGUAAGUGCCCAUUUCUUCCUAACGAAGACGUCAAUAUUUAACUCGCACACAACAGGUCAUUGUUGAUCAACAUGAACCGUCUGAUAAGUCAGACUCAGAGCCAGAACCAGAUGACCACUCCUGUUUCAAGAACAAUCGGGUCAAGUCUACCACCUACCGAGUUAGCACAAAACAAUUCCGGCACCUGAAAGUAUUCCACAACCACCAAGCGGUACAACUCACUCUUGAUACUGGCGCCGAAACCAGUAUGAUUAAGUCAUCUAUUGCCCAACAAAUUGGCGCCACUAUCCAAAAAAUCAAGCAAACAGCUCUACAGGCUGACGGAAUUACCCCACUAAGCGUUGUUGGUGAAGUCCAUCUGGAUUUAUCACGUAACGUCCACACCCUCCAUCUUGAUGGCCUGGUCGUAAACAAUUUAGACGUUAACGUUUUGGCGGGAACCCCGUUUAUAGUGACCAAUGACAUUUCCAUUAGACCCUCGAAGCAACAAAUUACAAUCAAGGGUACAGACGUCACCCACUACAAUACACAUCUCCCCAAUCGGAAGGAACACCUUGUUAGACGUACCCAGGCAUACGUUCUUCAAGCUCCACCAACUCCUACAGUGAUCUGGCCCGGUGCAUACCUAGAGAUUCCCAUUCCUCGUGAAAUUGACCCAGAUAGCACCCUUGCCGUGGAGCCUCGCCCAGAUUGCGCUAAAUCCGUGAGUGAUUGGCCACGCCCACAUAUUCUCGAAGCUGUCGCAGGACGAGCUGCAUACUGAAUGAUACAUCAAUAGUUAAGAACAUAUCCCGUCAUGAACAUUUUUGCCAAGUUCGUUUGACCCAGACUCUAGACCCCAAGGAGAACACAAUCCCCUUUCCUCAGCAUCCUGUUCCACAUGUCACCCCUAAACCUCUUGCAUCCUCACAUUCUUCUUGUGUAACCGUGGAUCCCGACAACAUUCUUCCACCCACCACCCGUGAAAGCUUCCGCAGCCUGUUAGAAGCCCAUGAUGACGUAUUCGACCCCACCUUCACUGGGUACAAUGGCGCAGUUGGUCCAUUCGAAGCUGUGGUUAACAUGGGUCCGGUCCAACCCCCUCAACGAAAGGGUCGUGUUCCACAGUAUGCCCGUAAUAAAUUAGUAGAAUUGCAACAGAAAUUCGAUGAACUUGAAGCUCAAGGAGUAUUUAAACGGCCCGAGGACAUUGGAAUAACAGUAGAUUAUCUAAAUCCCUCGUUCCUCGUUACCAAACCAACCGGUGGACAUCGUUUGGUCACAGCCUUUGCCGACGUUGGGCGUUAUAGCAAGCUUCAGACAUCUUUGCUACCUGAUGUCGACACCACACUACGCACUAUUGCUCAGUGGAAGUACAUCAUAGUAACCGAUUUAAGUGCAUUCUACCAAAUACCGCUGUCGAAAAGCUCGAUGAAAUAUUGCGGCGUCGCCACACCGUUUCGUGGUAUACGAGCCUAUACACGCUGCGCGAUGGGCAUGCCCGGAUCGGAAACCGCCCUAGAGGAGCUAAUGUGUCGUGUACUGGGAGAUUGUCUGCAGGACGGUAUCACAGCCAAACUUGCCGACGAUCUCUACGGGGAGCUGACUCACCUGAAGCUCUUCUCGAGAAUUGGCGUCGCAUCUUACAAGCUCUUCAGAUCUCCAUCUUUCUCCUUCAAAGACCAUUAUCUGCCCCCACUCGACUACCAUACUUGGAUGGAUAUGGACAGAAGGACGUCUAUCGGCCAGUCCACAUCGCAUUGCCACGUUGUCAUCGUGACCGCACCUGACACUGUUCGUGGUUUACGUUCAUUUAUUGGCGCAUAUAAAGUCCUGGGCAGAGUGUUACCCAAGUGUUCACGCAUCAUAGCCCCACUGAAGAGCGCCAUUGCAGGUCAACAGUCAGGCGAGCGCAUGCUGUGGACAGAUACGUUACGCGAACAGUUCCGCUCUGCACAAACCAACCUCACUACAUGGAAAUCCAUCACUCUACCACAACCAUCUGAUCAACUUUGGAUCGUUACUGAUGGAUCAGUUACCAAACACGGUAUCGGGGCCACCCUAUACAUCACCCGCAAUGAGAAGCUUCAUCUCGCUGGCUUCUUUAGCGCAAAACUACGAAAACAUCAAGUCUCCUGGUUACCCUGCGAAAUUUAAGCUCUUAGUAUCGCUGCCGCAGUUAAGCACUUCAGCCAGUUCAUUAUCCAAUCCACCAACCAAGCAUGUCUAUUAACGGACAGUAAACCUUGUGUUUAGGGUUUUGAAAAAUUAUGUCGCGGCGAGUUUUCGGCGAGCCCUCGAGUUACUUCCUUCUUAUCAGUCGUCAGUAGGUACCAGGUCAACGUUCGUCAUCUAGCGGGUACUGCCAAUGUUCCAUCAGACUUUGCCAGUCGCAAUGCCGCAGAAUGCAACGAGCCAAGAUGCCAGAUUUGCAACUUCGUCGCCCUCACGGAAGAUUCCGUGGUCCGGUCCACAUCUGUUCAAGAUAUCCGCGGGUUAUCUGGUCUCCCAUUCACUACUCGCUCAGCCUGGAUUCAAAUCCAGUCAGAAUGCCCGGAACUCCGACGUACACAUGCCCAUCUUAAGCAAGGUACCCGUCCAUCUGAAAAGAUUACCAACAUCAAGGACGUAAAACGAUACCUUAACGUCGCUACCAUGGCGAAAGAGGGUCUAUUAGUGGUACAUCGUCAAACUCCUCUCUCCCCGUCCAACGAUAUGAUUAUCGUUCCUCGCACUGUUCUAAAUGGACUUGUGACAGCUUUGCACAUAAAACUAGACCACCCUUCGAAGCAUCAACUGCAACUAGUCAUGAAACGCCAGUUCUAUGCUCUCGACAUGCUUCAAGUAAUCGACCGCGUCUGUGAAACAUGUCAUACAUGCGCAUCAUUACGCAAGCUCCGCGAGAACUUGACGAAACACACAUCGGAAAACCCACCGGACAUAGUUGGCGUAUCAUUUGCGGCUGACGUUCUCUAUCUUUGCAGCAAGUCAUUCUGGUAUUGCGUGAGACUACAACAUCAUACACAUCAGCAAGCAUUAUACCUGAUGAACAGAGCGCGACACUCCGUGACAAUUUAGCACGCUUAUGCGUUGGAUUACGUCCACUAAGUGGACCACCCGUUACGGUUAGAGUUGACCCCGCCCCAGGCUUUGUCUCUUUGAAAGACGACGGUAUACUCCAACAGCUUGGCAUAUCCAUAGAGAUCGGUCGCAUCAAAACAGCAACAAGAACCCCGUAGCUGAAAAGGCAAUUGCGGAAUUAGAAGGUGAACUUAAUCGGCAAGUUCCUAACGGCGGACCAGUUACAGAACUCGGCCUGGCCAUUACUGUUUCACGACUCAACGCACGCCUGCGCAGAGAAGGUAUAUCUGCUGACGAACUAUGGACACAAAGAAACCAAUUUACUCAUGAGCAACUUCCAUUGGAAGACAGGGACAUUAUCAUCAACCAACACAAGACUUGUCGAAGGAACCAUCCAUACAGCGGAAGGUCGAAGAACACCAAAACGGUGGGCAAAAGUACUUCACAAAUACAUGUCGGAGAUCUCAUAUAUUUACCCGCUGAACACGACAAGACUCAGCCACUAAACCGCUACUUGGUUGUGUCUGUUGAUAAGCCACGGUGCUUUGUCAGAAAGUUUUCUGGUAACCAACUACGAGCUUUGGCUUACAAAGUAAGAAUCAGUGAAUGUCACCUGAUCCCAAGUCAGAUACCAAAAGUUCAACCUAGCCGUACAACUGACACAGAUAGCGAAGACGACGGUCAAGGUUCCAACUCACCUUUCCAGGCAACAAAAAUACCACCAGCAUUAACUCUCCCAGGUUCACAGCUAUCUCCACACGCAACAUGA